AUGGUAAAGAAGGCGACUGUUACAACUGUGAAGGAAUUUGUGAAUGAGCAUGUUUCCUCAAAAGAUGGUGACGAUGGGGUUGGCAUUGCCCGACUCAUCCUGGGUCUUGGCCGCUCAUCACACCGUCUCACACAUCUUCUUCGCUCAGUGCCGUGGCAACUGCAUUGUCUUUCUGUGUUUUUUAAAAUUCGGACGGCGGGAUGGGGGAGGGCUCAUGGCUGGUUGAGGCAGGGCCUUGCAGAGGCCCGGAUCGAUGGCCAGCUGAGGUCACAGAGGCUUCAGCAUUGGAGGAGCCCGGAUCUAGGACCCUCGGUGACCAAUGCCCGUUGGCAGCGUGUGGAGGAACGGGCAUACCCUCGGGUAAUCAACAAACAUGCUUUGAGGACCAUUGACCUGGUGAAGCUGCAAGAUGGCAGCAGGGUUCUGGUGUUUGUAACUACUGUUCCACCACUGGGUAUCUUCGUGGCCCAGGCCAGUAUAUUUUCCCUUGGGCAAGGAAUCAAGGCACUGGAGGACAGGGUGAAAGGUCGAGGGGAAUCAGAAGAUCAGAAUGUGACCCGGUGUUGUAUGUCUUGGCGCUGUCGGAUUCAGUUUGGGCCUCGCUGUUUGCCACGUGCGCCCGAGUACAGUGAAAAGUUCGGUUUUGUGAGGGCGGCCGGUAGCCGAGCAAGGUUCGAUGACUCCCGUCACCCUCCUUUCUCUUUGAAGGUAAGCCAGAAGGAGACAAUGGAAAGCAGGCAGCUCCUACACUUGACAGCCAAGGUACGGCUGGCCAACCGGAUGCUGCGGGGCAAGGGCCUGCGGAAGACGAUGCCCGGCCGCACGCUGGGCUGGGUGCGGGCCGACGGGCAACGCCAAGCCUCAGUGAAGAAGAGGGCAGGGCCGGCGGCUCCAGGACGCAAGCUGCAGAGCCGGAGGCAGACGAAGCAUUGCUUGGGCUGGAGGUGGUGGCAGUCCCUGGACGCAGAGAGCAGAGCCAUCUACCUGCUGUAUCUGUUGUGCCUGGCCGUGGGGCUGCAGGUCUACAAUGCCUACGAGAACCUAGACGACCAGCUCUUGGUGUAUGACGUGGAGCAGCUGGAGAAAACCCUACACCAGGAGCUGGUGGGCCAGACGCUGGCUAUCAACCGGCUCUCCGGACUGCUGAGGGAUUACCUCGCCACCUACAUCCACCCCCAGGCGCCCCUGUUCCUUUCCAUCCAUGGCCCGGCCGGUGUUGGCAAGAGUCACGUAGCCAGGCUGAUUGCCAAACAUUUCAGCUUCCAGCUGGGGCCCGGCCUGGUGCUACAGCACUCGGCCAAGUACCAGCAGCUCCUUCCCGGCAGCCUGGGGCUCUCUGGCCUGGCCACCCGGGUCUCGGAGGUCCUCUCCAGGUCUCUGGACGCCCAGCGCGUGCCAGUGCUGCUCUUCGACGAGAUGGAGUUGGCAUCGCCGGGCCUGCUGAGCCUGCUGGGCGGCUUGCUGGGCUCGAACCGCACCGCCGGCGCCAUCUACAUUGUGGUCAGCCGCUUGGGCCAGGAGCGCAUCGUGCAGUCCUUCCGCUCCUGGCCUGGCGGCGCCCACCACCGCUUCCGCAGGCUUGACCGGGAGCUGCAGGCGCUCAUUGGCCGCCUGCACCCGGUCUGGCAGCGUCGGCCUCACGUCAUCCCCCUCGGCCCCCUGGACCGGGCCCAUGUGGUGAGCUGCUUUGAGCAGCUGAUGGACCGCGAGGGCCUGUACCCACAGCGGCACCGCGCCGAAGCCCUAGCCAACAAGCUCAGCUACUACCGGGCCAGCCAGCGACUGUACGCCCAGCAGGGUUGCAAACAGGCCCCGGCUAUGGUCAGGCACCUGGCCCAGGAGGCAGAGCUGGAACGCCUCAGGAAGGGAGUGAGCCCCUGGGGCCAACCACAGAAGGGGCUGGAUGUGCCGGAGGUGCUUCCCAUGCUGAACGGUUCCACAGUGCACUCCUGACCCCACCAGCAACCAGAGGGCAGGCCUCAUUGUGCGUGUCGCUGUUCCUCUCACCUCCUUAGUCUCACCGCAUGGUCAUUGCCAGAUGGUCUCCAAGCUCAGGCGCUAAUGAAUAUCAGCAGCCCAACACUCUCCCACUGUCUGACACACACACACUCACUCACUCAUUCACACACACACACACACACACACACACACAUUUACUCACACACACGCUCUCACACACUUACUAACUCACUCACUCAUAUUUACUAACUUACUCACUCAUGCACACACACACAUACUCACACACACACACACACACACACUUACUCUUGCACACUCUCACACACACACUCACACACACACACUUACUAACUCGCACACUCACUCACGCACACUCACACACACACCCACUUUCACUCACUCACACACAUGCACGUACAUUUACUCACAUGCACACUCACUCACACACACACUCAUUCACACAUUUACCCACUUUUACUCACUCACAUACACUUACUCACUAACAUGCACACUCACACACACUUACUCACCUGCACAUGCGCACAUGCAACACACACAUUUACUCACUUAUGCACACUCACACACACUCACUCACUUACACACACUUACCCACUUUUACUCACUCACACACACUCACGUACACUUACUCACUCACAUGCACACACACACUCACUCACAUGCAACACACACACUUACUUACACGCACAUUCACACACGCACAUGCACACACUUACUCACUCACGCACACUCAUACAGACGGAUGCAUGCCCAUUCAGAUUUACUUGUAGAGUCAAACAGUACAGAAACAGACCAUUCGGCCCAACCAAUCCAUUCUGACCAUAUUCCCAAACGAAACUAGUCUCACCCGACUACUCCUGCCCCAUAUCCCUCCAAACCUUUCCGAUUCAUUCCUAUCCAAAUAGCUCCGAGAUGUUGUAAUAAUUCCCCACAUCCACCAGACAAGCAGCUUUCUACACAGACAAACACAUACUCGCACACACAUGGGCACACACACGCACACAUACACACAUUCAUGUGUGCACAUGUGUUGCUAACACACACACAUGCUCAUAGGCACACAUGUACCCACGCGUGCACAUGCGUGCGUGUACACAACAUGCACAAUCGAGCGCACACACAGACACAUGUAGAUGGACACACGCACUCAAACACAUACAUACUUACUCAGAUGCACUGAAAGAUGUCUGUGAACACAUGUCCACAUGCACAUGCAUGCACGCACAGACACCUCUUCGUACACACAUGGAUAUACUCACAAACACUCACUGUCUCUCAGUGCAAGAGGGGCAUAGGACAGUGUCUGACCCACUGUCCCACCCAGUCCCAGAGGGAGGGGGGAAUAGGACAGUGUCUGACCCACUGUCCCACCCAGUCCCAGAGGGAGGGGGGAAUAGGACAGUGUCUGACCCACUGUCCCACCCAGUCCCAGAGGGAGGGGGGAAUAGGACAGUGUUUGACCCGCUGUCCCACCCAGUCCCAGGGGGAGGGGGAAAAAGGACAGUGUGUGACCCACUGUCCCACCCAGUCCCAGAGGGAGGGGGGGAAUAGGACAGUGUCUGACCCACUGUCCCACCCAGCCCCAGAGAGAGGAGGGAAUAGGACAGUGUCUGACCCACUGUCCCACCCAGUCCCAGAGGGAGGGGGGAGAAAUGUUACUAUGAGAUCCACUAUCCCAUGUCGAGGACUUUACUGUCUUUUGCCUUUUAUGAAUCGUGGUGUUGAGUUUCAAGGAAGUGACACAGCCAGGAUGCACAGUUAGUAACUAACCUUUUCCCAUUGCGACAUGGGAUGUUACAUUAUUCACCGCUUCAGUUCAAUUUCCUUAAGUGUUUCAGUCAUUUUUAAUGUUUCUUCUAUGAGUUAGUGAUACCUGUCAUUCAUGAAGAUAAUUGUGAAACUAACGAUAUGUAAAUUUUCUUCGUGAUUUUCACUGAACAAGAAAUG